AUGGCGAGAAGGAUAGUCUCUGCCCCAGCACGGUUCACCCUGUUGGCAUUAAUCUCCGUGUCAGUGCCGACCUUGGGUCAGGUCAGGUUCCCCGGCGCGGGCGGCGGCGGGUCCAAUAACAGGCCGGCGAGGCCGAGUUUUCCCCCGGGCUCUCAGAACCCGGGCGUCUUUCCGGGCUUCCCGGGCAACAACCGACCCCAGCAGCAGCAAAGCGUGGCGUGCACGGAUUUCACGGGCAUUCCUGGCCAGUGCGUGCCGGCGAUUGCGUGCACCCAGUUGUUUGCGGGCGCCGGGAACGCCCAGGGGACGCCCAGUGUCGCCGCCUGCGUGCUGAGCGACGGGCUGAACGGCGUCUGCUGCCCGCCGUCCGCGACGCCUUCGUUCCCCGCCGCAGGCGGAGGAGGUCAAGUAUUUGCCAAGCCAUUCCAGGACGUGCAAAUCAGACAGACCAUCAGUCAGAACAACGUCAGAACAGCGGGUCAAUCCGGACAAGGCACUGUCAACCAGAUCUUGGAAAUUGAAUCGAGAUUGAAAGCGCAAGAAAGUGUGAUUGCAAAGGGAUCGCCAGCAUCUUUUCAUCAGCAAUUCUUCAAAGUCAGUCCUGACGCACUGACCCUCGCCAGAGGCGCUUUAGUAGGGAUCGAAGCCAGCAGAAAUCUCGUCAGAGAGUAUGGCCUGAGUGCACUGGAAGCUGGCUAUGGUCUUCAAAAGUUCAACCUUGGAGGCGCCAAUCUGGCUAACGUCUGUCCACCGCUGCCAAAUUGCCAAAGAGCCAAUCAGCAAAGGUACAGGACCAUAGAUGGGAGCUGUAACAAUUUGCGGAAUCCUUCUUGGGGAAUGACCAACACUGCAAUGCAACGCAUCCUCCCCCCGACAUACAACGAUGGUGUUUGGGAGCCCAGGCAAUUUUCCAGGGUGACAGGUCAGCCCUUGCCUUCAGCGAGAGCAAUCAGCACGGCUGCCAUCCACGACACAGACAGUCCUGAUGAUUUCCUCACCCUGCUGGUCAUGCAAUGGGGUCAAUUCUUGGAUCACGAUAUGACACAUGCUGGGGUUUUCAAACUCGAUGCGCAGCAGAACACAGGAAUCCUGUGUUGCAGGAAUAAUAAUCCCAUCAAUCCUGCUCCACAUCCGGCUUGUAUGCCCAUUGACAUACCUCAAAAUGAUAGAUUUUACUCAAGAUUUGGCAACAGGUGCAUGGAGUUUGUCAGGGUUUUCGAGGCUCGUUCGGGUUCUCCUGAACAAGUGCUGGAGCUGAGAAACGUUUUCAACAACCCAAGUUUCCUCAACGCACCAGGAGCUGCUGAUGGACUCGUGCGAGGCAUGACUUUGCAGCCCAUGCAGACCUUUGACAACAGCAUCACGGAAGAGUUGACAAACCAGUUGUUCAAGAAGAACAAUCCGUUCGGAAUGGAUUUGAUAUCGCUGAAUAUCCAUAGAGGAAGGGACCACGGUUUGCCAACAUACAAUGACAUGCGGGAAUUGUGUGGAAUCGGAAGAGCCAACAACUUCAACGACCUCAGUUUCGAUAUGGGUAUGCACAGGUUGCAGUCUGUGUACGCCAGUGUGGAAGACAUCGAUCUGUUCAUCGGUGGGGUCUCUGAAAACCCUCUACCCGAUGCAGUGCUGGGACCCACUUUUAUUUGCAUCCUUGGGGACCAGUUUACGAGGGCGAAACGAGGCGACAGGUUUUUUUACGACCUGGGAGGCCAGCCCCAUUCUUUCAAUGAGGUUCAGCUGAAUGAAAUCCGACAGGUGAGCUUUGCUCGGAUUCUCUGCGACAACACCGACGUCGGGGAAAUGCAACCAUUGGCAUUCAUCCGCCCGUCUUUUCAAUCGAACAAUAAACACGAUUGCUCAUCUCCGAGCAUUCCGAGAAUCAACCUGCAGGUGUGGAGAUUUUAAACCAGGCUCAAGAAUCCCGCGAAGAACGAAUUCGGAAGAGAAAAACUUUUCGGAAUACUGUAUACGAGGGUUGUCCCAGUAGGACGCGACCUCCGAUAUUUUUCGAAUAGGUGCGAUUGCAAAAAAAUAAGAAUCACGACAUAAGCCAUGAUGUUCGAAGGAUCUGGGAUUUUUUUUAAAAUCAAAAACAGUGUUUCAAUUUACUGCAAGUUGCUAAAUGAAUACUUUCUAAUUACAGCCAGAGUUCUCCGCCUGUAUGUCACAGCGGGUGCUGAAAAUUCGGCAGAACAGUUAAAAAAUUGAACGAUUUUUCUCUUUUAACCAUUAUUUAAAAUUUAGAAAGAUGAUGGGCGAAUUGGAUGAAUUUUUAGGUGGCCUAAUAUGCUGAUAACUUUUAGCACCCAGCACCCGUAAAAUGGGUGGAUAACUGGAAAGUUUUUACUCAUCAUCAUGAGGUAAAUUGAAAAACUUUUUCUAAGCCAAAAAAAAAAAUCUCAGGACCUUAGAACAUGAUAGACCAUGUAAUUAUUAUUUUUUUUUACAAUCACACCCACUCAAACAAUAGUCAGAGGUCGCAUCCAAGUGGGACAAACCUCAUCAUCAAAGCCAAGUGUACCACAAAAAAAUGAAACUAAUAGACCAUUCCGUGUUAAGAUGGACAUAAAAUCAAACACUGUGUAUCCUAAAAUAAAGGGUAUUUAAUGGGACUAUCGCCGUACAAAUGUACGGCUAUGGUAAAGGCUCCGUUUUACUGUAAUGUUUAAUUCGUUUUAUAUACCGAUUCAAAAAACAUUACGGCUCCUGGACCUGAAAAGCUGGGACUUUAAAAUUCAGGGUCGAUUUGCGCCUGGGAUUUAAAAAAAAAAAGGACCGGAACCUUGAAAAAUGCUUUUUCUGCCUCAAAGGCCCGAUUCAGCAAAAUUCAAGACAUCUGCCAGGAACGAAAGAUAUUCCGCACUGUUAUCCCAAUAUAUUGAAGAGUAUUCUUGAAAAUAGAGCAGGGGUGAAAUCUUCCCUGUAGUUAAUUUCCUCGCCUCGUUCCUUUCACACUAAAUUCGCAGGCUUAUUUUUCCAUGAACAGUGCGGAAGAUCAGUAAGUAAAAUAACAUAUUACCAUCAAGACCUUUUCAACUCAAGCCUCCUGAGGUUCAAAAAGGCCCACCUUGAAUUUUUUGGCUAGUCCACUGUAUCAUCAGUCCUUCACUGCAGUUUCCCCGAACUCAAAUUUCUUCAAGUUGCACUUUUUAUUGUUCCUUCAAAUUCGAAUUAAAAAGGUUCAACUGACAUGUUUGAGGCAAAGUUUUCAUCACAAGAUACGUCAUCAUACGACGCUAGUGCUACAAUUGCAGGUUCAUUUUGGGAAACCAGGUUUCCCGGGAAUUUUUCGAUUCGCGUACGAAUUCGUUCUGCUUAUUUAUUCGCAACCCUUGAAUGCAAAAAAAAAUGCCAAUUCCCUUGAAGUUGUAAGGUAAAAUAAAUGAAGUUCAGCAUUCUG